CGAACCGGAGCAGAAGGAUUCACAACUCGAACGCAAAACUUGUCACGAUGGAAACCACGAUGGCGUAAUCAGAUCGAUCGUCGUCCACGAUGGAAAUCAUGGCUCCUCUCCCUAAAUCCUUUAGCUGCACCAAUAACCGCUGCUUCCCUGCAAGAUCGUGGUACUGCUUCUACCUCCGCCGCGUCGACAAUGGCCGAGACGGAGACGCCAAGAAUCGCUGGGUGCUUCGGCCGGUGGAAGAAAGAGGGGACCGACGAGGCCGUGGCGGCGGUCAUGGCGCUCGUCGAUGCCGUCCGGUCCAGCAAGGCCGACACCAUGUCGCGGCUCCAAGCCGAGAUCAAGGCGGCCGCGGAGGAGCUCAAGUGCCUGGAUAGCGAGCCGUACGGCGCGCUCUCGGCGGCCUGCGACAUGUUCGUCCGGUACGUGCGGCGCGGCGGUGCCGUUGCCGUCGCCGAUGAUCAGCCCGCCCAGUUCCCCGCCCUCAAACGCCGCUUGGUCAGCCGCGCCACCAGGUUCGGGGACAUCUGCCGAGGCGCGCGCGGGACCAUCGCGACGCUCUGCCAGGACUUCUUGCUGGACGGCUGCACCGUGCUGGUGCACGGCCACUCGCCGCCCGUGCUCGACGCUCUCCGGCUGGCCGGCACCAGCGGCAAGCGCCUCCUAGUCCUAUGCACCGAGGGUAGGCCGGACGGCGCGGGGCUGAGGCUGGCCGGGGAGCUCGCGGCGGCCGGGGUGCCGGCGAGGGUCCUGCUCGACUCGGCGGUGGCCUACUCGAUGGCCCAGGUUGACGUGGUGCUGGUAGGAGCCGACUUGGUCACCGAGACCGGCGGCGUGGUCGGCGCCGUUGGCACGUACCAGGUCGCCCUGGUGGCUCGCGCCAUGGGCAAGCCUGUCUAUGUGGCAGCAGAGAGCUACAAGUUCGCGAGGCUGUAUCCUCUGGGACAGAAAGACAUCGAGCAGGGCGGUGGCCGAGACGUGGGCUUCGGCGACGUGCCUGUGCCGGCCGGCGUGGACGUCGAGGCGCCGGCGAGGGACUACACCCAGUCCAAGUACCUGGAGCUUCUGAUCACAGACCUCGGCGUGCUCCAGCCGGCGGCCGUUGGAGACGUGCUCCUCCAGCUCUCCAUGUGAUUGCGAUUGAACGCCAUUUUGGUUUACUGGAAAAAGCCCCCGUGCGUUACAACAGAAGAAAGAAAUAUACCGAUUAGGACAUAUUCGGCAGAUAUUUGUCUUUUAAUCUUUUUGAUUUGAUUCACGAUUUUUUCAUCCAGUUUUUCCUAAACCCCCUCUUUUCACGCAUUGUCGAUA